AUGUCGAUGGUUGUUAAUUCUUCCGACCAAGCAAUUACUAUGGAAAGUCUCGGAAUCUCCAGCGAAUUAACCGCCACUGUGAUUGGAGAGAUGACGAAACGACCUACAAGGCUUGAUAUACCGAUUGGUGUUGAUGGAUUUGUAACUCCGAUUUUUUCAUCGGCUGAUGUAACUGUGACGUCGAGGGAGGAAUGUAGAGAGGUUGAAAGAGAAGAUAAUGAUUAUUCUGUUUAUUGUAAGAGAGGAAGAAGAGAAGCUAGAGAGGUUGUGUCAAGAUAUGAGGACACCGUCAACAAUGAGGAGAUAAGCAAGCCGAAGUCUAUGAAGUUACUAGCACACGCCGGAGACGACGAAUCGAUUGAGAGACAAGAAAAUGAAGACGAUGACGGGAGAACAACUGUUGACGACGACGACGGGAGAGGACGAAUUAAUGUCAGCCGAUUGAAAGCUUUGUUGACGAUAACGACGGGAGAGGGACGAGGAAAUGACUUUGCCGGUAGAAAACUCGUCGGGAUGAUCGCCGGAGUCGAGAUGAUGUUAUCGGCGUUGUGA